GAAUCAAAAUGUGAUUGGUUUAAUCCACCACUUGCUCUUCAAAUGUUGGUUGUUUUUCUUGGUAGUCUUGUAACAAGAUUUAUGAAACUAUGUGAUCCUGAUGUUGUGUGCUGGGAUGAAACACAUUUUGGUAAAUUUGCGAGCUUUUACUUGAAAUCUGAGAACUAUUUUGAUGUCCAUCCUCCUCUUGGUAAAAUGAUGCUGGCAUCAUUUGGAGAGAUGUCUGGAUACAAUGGAAGUUUCUCAUUUGAGGAAUCAGGACAAGAGUAUGGAGAGACAAAUUACUGUGCAAUAAGAGGAUUUUGUGCGUUACUUGGUUCAAUUGUCCCUCCUUUGAUCUACUCAGUUGUCCAUUCACAGAUUUCUAGAAAUGCUGGAAUCAUUUGUGCAUGUCUACUGAUUUUUGACACUGGCUUGAUUACUUUGACACAGUUUAUACUAUUAGAGUCGCCUCUUUUCUUCUUUCUUGCAGCUGUUUUAGCUAUGCAUCAGCUAACAAGAAGCUGUGAAAUUUAUAGUUGGUUUUGGAUCUGUUUCAUGGUGAUAGCUGGGGCAUCUGUCGGUUGUAUCAUCAGUGUCAAAUAUAUUGGCGUUUUCACGGUCCUUUACAUUGGUUUCUUGGUUAUAGAGGACAUUUGGAGGAUGAUUUCAGACAAUAACUACAACCUUAAAGACGUUGCCAUCUAUUUUGGUGCAUUUGCUUCCUUUUUCAUUAUACUACCGGCUGUUCUAUACAUCCUAUUCUUUGUUCUUCACUUCCGCUUCACACUGAAUAGUACUGAUGCAGAUUCUACUUACAGUCCUGCCUUUCAAGCCAGUUUGAUAGGUAACAAAGUUACAGAUGUCAAGAACAGCCAGUACUUGAGCUAUCAGAACACAGUUCGGUUUAAGACUGGUAAUUUCCUGCUCCAUUCUCACCACCUCACCUAUCCGGACAUCGGGCUAAAUCAGGUGACAGGGUAUGGACACAGAGAUGAAAAUAAUAAAUGGGAGGUAGAGAGAUGUCUGAGUACUCCAGGUUAUGGGGACUCUGUUAUUGUAUCUGGUGACAUGAUCCAGCUCCGACACAUUGCUACUGGGCGAUACCUUUCAGUUUUACCAGAUGUUGCUGGGGUUACUGACUUAGCAGACAAUCGAGUCGUAACAACAGAGACUAGUGACCUUAACAGCUGCCUUCAAGUAACAACGUCCGAUCUCACUCACAAGUUUAAGAAGAUAGAGACAUUUCAAACAGACGUUGUAAUGUUCAGUCUAAACAACAAAUGUGCUCUGAAGAUUGGGAAGAAGAAACUUCCCGAGUACGGAGCGAAACAACUUGAGGUAACGUGUACAAGAAGACACGUACGCAACCCUGCCUUAGUGCACUUCACUCUAGAACACAAUAUAUCCCCGGUUGAAGCUGAUAAUGUUCAGGGUAUCCUGCCGGCUGGGUUCUUUAGCAAACUCUACGAGAUGCAGAUAAAGAUGCUGGUGACGAAUAACGCUCUCCUCCCCUCUGAAGAGGAGCCUUCCUCCCGACCCUGGAUGUGGCCUGUUAACUGGAAGGGUUUGUGGUUCGCUCUCAGUCACCAACAUGGUGGAGUCUACUUUCUUGGGAAUCCUGUUAUAUUCUGGACAAACUUGGUAAUGAUAUUCGUGCUCCUGGCUAUCAACAUAAUACAAGCUUAUUCGCAACUCAGGGAUAGAGAGUUACCGUACAAAAAAGCAGAGUUGUACCAGUCUAACUGGUACCUGUUCGGGUACCUGCUUCACUACCUCCCCUUCUACCUAAUGGGACGCAUCCUCUACUUCCACCACUUCUACAGUGCCUUCAUCUUUAACUGCAUGUUAACAGGGGGUGUGGUGGAGUUGCUGUUAGCGGGCUGUUCCUCCGCAAUGCGCAUCAGGGGCGCGCUGUUGUUGGUGAUAUUUCUGAGUUUUAUAGCGUUCGCACCAUUGGCGUAUGGUAUACCUGUUGAUGAGGAUCAUAAGACGUACGGGUACAUUAAGUGGUUUAAGUGGCUGAGUACUUGGGGUUUUUGAAGUAUGCUAUGAAUUGUUAGAUUUGCGAUGAUGAUAAUUUGAUUCUUAGGUUAAUUGUAAUUAGGAUUAGAUUAAAUUAAUUUUGUUAUAAUAUUGAAUAUAGGAUUGAUAAUAGUUUUUGUUCGUAGAA